AUGACGCGUAACGGGGAACGAGAAGACAGUGCGCCACAGGGCGAUGCGGCCGAGUUUGACGUCAAUGUGAGUGGCAAAGACAGCGUCAGCGCCCCACCGAGCCCCUCUACACGUGCACACUCGCCUGAGGAGGAGGAUGCUGGGUUGGACCACAUCCCACUCCCGGACACGAGCAUGGUACCACUCUCUGAGACGAUCAUUGCGCAGAAGGCCGGGACAGCUGCCAAGCGCAAGGCACGGAAGCGCCAGAAGGUGGGUGAGAUGUGUGGGUGCGGAGGAGGAGG